AUGACAACAAAAGUUCAAUGGAAACGCCUUGAUACAACAAUCGGUUCAAAUCCAAAACCACGUCAUGGACAUCGAGCAGUAGCUGUCAAAGAUUUAAUUAUUAUAUUCGGUGGAGGUAAUGAUGGUAUUGUUGAAGAUCUUAAUGUUUUUAAUUGUGCUACAAAUCAAUGGUUUCAACCAUUAACAAAAGGUGAUAUACCAACAGGUUGUGCUGCAUUUGGUUUUGCUACAGAUGGUGCAAGAAUUCUUGUUUUCGGUGGUAUGAUUGAAUAUGGAAAAUAUUCAGCAGAUCUUUGGGAACUUAAUCCAAUAACAUGGCAAUGGAAAAAAAUAAAAGCACGACCACCAAGAACAUCCUCAUUACCAUGUGCACGACUUGGACAUACAUUGACAUAUGUUGAUGGAAAAUAUUAUCUUUUCGGUGGUUUAGCUAAUGAUAGUAAAGAUCCUAAACAAAAUGUACCCAGAUAUUUAAAUGAUCUAUAUACACUGGAAUAUAAAAGUAAUAAUUAUUCAUGGGAACAACCAAUUAUUCGUAGUAUGCAACCAAUUGAACGUGAAUCUCAUUCAUGUGUUUCAUAUCGUGCACAAAUUGAAAAUCGAUCAAAAUUAAUUAUCUAUGGUGGAAUGAAUGGUCAUAGAUUAGGAGAUAUUUGGAGUUAUUAUCUAGAUUUAUCACAAUGGACACAAAUCACUGCGUCUGGUUUAGCACCACAACCACGUAGUCUUCAUUCGUCUGUUGUUCUUGGUCAUCGUAUGUUUGUAUUUGGUGGUUGGGUGCCGUUGGUUUCUUCAGAUAGAAAUGAACAAUAUGUCAAUGAAAAAGAAUGGAGAUGUACAAAUACAUUAGCUUCAUUAAAUUUAGAAACAAAUACAUGGGAACUUCUUGGACAAGAAUGUCUCGAUGAUAAUAUUCCACGAGCACGUGCUGGUCAUUGUGCUGUUGCUGUUAAUACAGGAAUGUAUAUAUGGAGUGGAAGAGAUGGUUAUCGAAAAGCUUGGAAUAAUCAAGUUUGUUGUAAAGAUUUAUGGUGUUUGGAAACAGCAUGUCCAGGUGAACCAGAAAAAGUCCAAUUACUUAAAGCAGGUAUUGGAAAUUUAGAAAUAUCAUGGAAUCCAGUCCCAACGGCUGAUUCUUAUAUUUUACAAAUUCAACGUUUUGAAGCACCCAUUGAACAAUCACAUCCAGCGCCUUCAAUAACAUCUCAAACACCUAUAAAUCCUUCAUCUAUACCAUUACAAUCCAUAUCUGCUUCAUUAUUUGCUUCGAAAAGUCCACAAUCAGUCCUAGCAUCAUUAAUUCCAACAUUUUCAAAUGAACAACAACCAGCAAGUGCAUCCGUUUCUGCAAUAAGUGACACUGAUACAAAUGUUGAUCAACGUCUUUCACCAUCAACACUUUUAAAUAAAUCCACAUCAGAUUUACUUUCAUUAUCUCAUUUAUCAUCAUCACAAACAUCACUUUCUUCACCUAUGAAUACAAUUAAUUCACAAACAUUAUCAACUGUAUCACAAUCUUCGAACAGUACAACAAAUCCAACAUUACUCUUUCAAAAACCAACAUCAUCAAAUAUUUCUUCUCAUCCUACACAAACUAUUCGUCCAACAAUGUCAUCAAAUAUUCAAUUUGUUAAUGCCUCUGCAAAUUCAACUGUUCGUCCAAUAAUUUUUCAUCAAAAAACAACAACAACAUCAACACAACCACAACUUCUUACUGUAAUGCCAGCUGGUGUUCGUUUUCAACAAUUAACACCUGUUGUACGUACUUCAACAACACAACCGACAACAAUUGUUCGAUUAAUGUCACCAACAACAUCAACUAUUCGAUCAACAACAGGACAACAACAAUUUAUACAAUUCAAUACAAAUAAACAACAACAACCAUUAGUUAUUAAAGCUAUAACAGCAUCAAAUCGACUGCAACAACCAAUUUUAUUAACAACUAAUACACAACAAAAAACAAUUUCACCUCAAACACAACAACAAGUUUUAGUUCUUAAUCAAAAUACAUUAAAUAAUAAUCAAGGACAAACAUCAAAACUUACCUUAUCAAUGACAAAUAUUGAUCCAUCGAAUUCUAUUAAUAUUAAUCAUUCUCAACAAACAUCAACAAAUGAUAAUACAAUGCCACAACUUGAUGGAUGUAAUUCAAUAGAAAUUUCUUCUCAAAAUAUUAAUAGAAUAACAACUGUUGAUGGUAUAUUAGAGAUAUUACAAAAACAAAUUUCUAUAAAAAAUCAUUAUAAAUUUAUUCCACAAAUUGAUGGUACUAUUGAUGAUCAGUCUCUACAAAAUGGAACCUCAUCUGUUUUACAAAAUUCUUCCAGUCCAACACAACAACAAACAACUAUAAUGAAUACAGAUUCUCAACAAUCAUUAAAUAAUCAUGAAAUUUCUCAAACAACAAUGUCAAAUGGUAAUACAAAAAUUGAAACAACAAAUGAUUUAAAACCAACAGAAAAUGAAGAUGAUAAUAGUUGGCAUUUAGUUGGAACAUUUAAAACAACAACUGCUGAUAUUAGACAUUAUUAUGUUGUUCCAUCACAAAUUAAUAAUAAUAACUAUGAUCUUCCUUCACUUCAAGUUCAAAAUUUAGUUAAAAAAGUUGAUCUUGAACCAGGUGUUAUUUAUAAAUUACGAAUAGCAGCAGUCAAUUCAUGUGGACAAGGACCAUGGAGUGAAGCAGCAGCAUUUAAAACAUGCUUGCCUGGUGCACCACCAGCACCAUCAAAUAUUAAAAUUACUAAAACAUCUGAUGGUGGUGCUCAUUUAACUUGGGAUGCUCCAUCAAAUGCAUCAUGUUUAAUAACUGGUUAUGCUGUUUAUUUGGCAGUUAAAAAUACAACAACAGAUAAUACAAUACCACGUCAACAUCAACAACAAGCAUCACAAAUGGCUUUUGUUCGUGUUUAUGGUGGUGCAUUAGCUGAAUGUUCUGUCUAUGCUGGUCAACUUCUUCAAGCACAUCUUGAUAUAAGUUCAAGUAGUAAACCAGCUAUUAUAUUUCGUAUUGCAGCACGUAAUGAACGUGGUUAUGGACCAGCAACACAAGUACGAUGGUUACAAGAUCAACAACAAAUACCAUAUCAAAAUUCAACAAUAAAUAAUUCCUUAAAACGAACCUCUUCAAAUGUAAAUUCAACAGGAAAUAAAAAACAACGAUUAGCACCAAUUGGAGGAGGAUCAAGUGAUACAUAA